CCCUGCCCAGCGUGCUCCGCGGUACUGAGACAGCUGAGUCACACAUACAUUUAGACCCUGAUAAAUAGAUACUGUGCGAAAAAAGGGGGACUACAUCCAAGAAAUUGCCGUGUAUACCGUGCUUUUGACCCCUAACGGCCUCUGACACUGCGUGGAAAAAUGCUGACGAUAACACUGAAGACCCUUCAACAGCAGACGUUCAAAAUAGAAAUAGACCCAGAAUUGACGGUUGAAGCACUAAAGAAGAAAAUAGAGGAGGACAGAGGAAAAGAUGCAUUUCCCGCUUCAGGACAAAAACUCAUCUAUGCAGGAAAAAUCUUAAAUGAUGACAUCCCACUGAAGGAGUACAAAAUUGAUGAAAAAAACUUUGUGGUGGUCAUGGUUACCAAGCCUAAACAGGCCCCUCCUUCACAAGCAUCCACCCUGCCAACGUCCCAACCUGCUGCACCAGCACCACCUGCAGUCUCAGGCCAAGCAGCAUCCUCUGGCCCAUCACAAGUGCCCUCUACACCAACACAUGCAGCGUCUGUGCCCACAUCUGCCCCACAGUCAGUGCCUCCCCCUGAAACCCCUUCCACAGCCCCUGAAAACACCCCACAGGCCUGUGAUAAAGCAGCAGCUGCUCUGGACUCAAACGCUGCCCCAGACUCAGCACCAGCCUCUGCUCCUGCUGAUUCUCUGGCCUCUACCCCUGCUCCAGUACCUGAAACUGUUCAGACAGACCAGACCUCUGUCCCUGCCGACUGCCCCACCCCAGCUGCCCAGCCAGAAGAGAAGCCAAGGGAAGAGCCUGAAAACCAACCACCUGCCACUCCUCCAGUUCUCUCCUCUGCUUCCAGCCUUGUUGAUGAACUAGGUCUCCUUGAAGAAGCAGCGUCAAUACUUGCAGUGACAGGUCCAGCCUAUGAGAACCUGGUGUCAGAGAUCAUGUCUAUGGGAUACGAGAGGGAGCAGGUAGUCAACGCACUCAGAGCCAGUUACAACAACCCAGACCGGGCAGUAGAGUAUCUACUUAUGGGUAUCCCAGCAGAAGCCAGCGAUCUUCCACCUCAGGAGCCAGUUAGACAGAGUGUGCCAUCCAACCCCCCUGCUCCGACUACACAGCAGCAACCCCAGCAACCCCCAGCAGCCCCAAACACAGGGCCAGUGACUGGCAGCCAGCCUCCGUCUACUGGGGGAGACUCCGUGUCUUCAGGUAACCCUCUGGAGUUCCUGAGGAACCAGCCACAGUUCCAGCAGAUGAGACAGAUCAUCCAACAGAACCCAGCCCUCCUCCCAGCCUUGCUGCAGCAGCUGGGCAGAGACAACCCACAGCUUCUGCAGCAAAUCACACAGCACCAGGAGCACUUUGUCCAGAUGCUGAAUGAACCUCGAGGUGGAGACACAGGAGGGGAGGGAGCAGAGGCUCAAGGGUCACCGCAGACCAACUACAUCCAGGUCACCCCCCAGGAGAAGGAGGCCAUUGAGAGGUUAAAAGCACUGGGUUUCCCUGAAGGCUUAGUUAUCCAAGCUUACUUCGCCUGUGAGAAGAAUGAGAACCUUGCUGCUAACUUCUUGCUACAACAAACAUGGGACGAUGAGUAAUUCAUCACCUGACCACAUCAGUGGAGUGCUGCAGAGGGGAUGUGCCGAGCAGAGUUGACAGAGGAGGAGCAAGGAGAGCGAGAGCAUUUUUUUUUCUUGCAUAUGACUUUGGUGUGUUGAUAGUGAUGAUGAUGAUGAUGAUGACGACAUGCUAUUAAGAUCAUCAUAUGAACUCAAACUGAGCUGUGCCUCACUGCUGCUACAUCAUUACAGCCGCCGCUUGUGCCAAGUGUGAGAAGUCAUACCUGGAAAUGUUAUGCAUCACCUUUAUGGGCCAACAGGCUUUUCAAAGAGGGUUACCUCUGCAGUAAGACUCGACAUAGACAAUACAGUAUAGAGUGCACAUGAAUUGAAUUCUUAUGACAAAACCCAAUUUUAAAAAAAUAAGCCUAUCAUGUUGGAUUUACCUGUAAAUGUGAUGCAAACCACUGACUUUACUGCUUUAUUUCAAAGUUCAGGUUUGAUCUAUUCUUUUCUUAUACUUCUUUAUCCCCAGAAAAAAACAUCCAAAAAUCACAAAGUAUUUCAAACUGAAAAAGUCCAAAGAAUAUAAAUUUAUUCUUCAGGUUAUGGCCUUUUGUUAACCAUGCAGACUUGGUUGUGUGGUUUUGUGCAUGCAAAAUAAAAUCUCAAAGAUGAUUAAAAAUGCUUUGGGUGUAAUUUGCCCACCCCUAUACCUCCUCCUACAACAAGAAAAAUAAGAUGAAAUUUUCAAGAAAAUAAGAUAAUCAAGUGGCCAAAGUAUUAGAAAAUAACUUAAACCAUUUUAUUGAUCGUUUGUACUCCUUGUGGUAAGGUAUUUCAAAAUUUGGACUUUAGAACAAAAUAAUUUCUUAGCAUUUAAUGAAAUUAUAUUCCAAAUUUAACUUUUUGUUGUCUUUGUGUGUGUGUGUGUUUUUUUUCCCAGCCAUGGUCUUCCAAAAUCAGUAGACAUUUUGAGUUUUAAAUCAAAUCUGUCUAUUGUUAGCAGUGGGUUUACUCUGUUACAGUAAGAGUUGAACUAGUUUGCACUCGGUUUGGAAUAAUUAUUGAGUUGGUAGUUUUCAAGAUUGUUUAUGCUGCUGUAUUGUACUUUUUUGGGGAAGAGGAGAUACUUAGAUACACCAGUCAACUUGCGCUCUCAUUAUCUUCUUUAAUUGUGGUGGGUUUGUUUGAUAUAUAAUUUUACUGAUGCCAGAUUUUGAAGAUUGAUUGUGAAGUGCCACAUAGCAUGCUUACUCAGUGCAACAUUUGACUUUUUAUUUAAAAGACAGGUUGUAUUUUGUCUCAAUAUUUCUUUAGCUGAAGAAAUGAAAUGCAGUCCACUUUCUCCUUCCACACAAUUGGUUUCUGUUUAGUUUGUCCAAUAUCACAUUCUCAGUGCAUCUUAAGGCUGUAACAGUUUGAGCCAUUUCUCCCUCAUGCCUUAUGGGUUGUUAAAGACUUGAACACAUUUAAUGUCAUAAAUAUUGUAGUUUACUAGUGUUGAUAGCAUUUCUGAUAUUUCACAGGUGUGUCUGAAUGACUGGUGAUCAUCAUUAGAGUUGUUAUUGUUUCAUAAUGAACUGGAGAGAAUUUGAGUUUGAGUGCUAGAAGCCAAAACAAAGCAAAGUAUUUUUUCCAGCUUUCAGCAUGUGGUUUGCUGUAUCUCAUUUUAUUUGUCUUUACUGUGUUAAAACUGGAAGGGACUUUUUUAAGUUUUGUAUUAUAUUGUAAAUGGGGUAUACAUACUUUGGGAUAAAAGGCACUUUAUUGUGACAAAGGCUUAAGAUGUGCGGGGUUGUCAGAUGCAUGGAGUUGUUACAGUUAUUUAUAGCAUGGCAGUGGGUAAGCAAUGAUGAAACCACCAGUGUGGUGUUGCUCUGAUGUCAGUUUGACCCUUUCAAUGUGUUGUUCUUCUUUUUGAGUUUAUACAAAAUCUGUACAAUCUUGAACACCAGUCGAGAUUUUGCUGAUUAGUUGUGAAAACUUUGGUUUCAGCAUUGUGUAAAAUAAAUGGCUUUUACAAAGUGGGUGAGACAAGCUUAUAAUGUAUCACCAAUGAAUGAAAUGCAAGCCUUGAA